ACUGCAUUUCUGAGAAGGACAGUACCUGGAGAUCUCACUGCCUGCGCUCCACUGAGAGAUGUGGUGAAGUUUUCCAAUUUUUAGGACUUAAACAGCAGUUUUGCUUGUUGCAAGGAAAUUUGCAAUGAUCCUUGCGAGCAUUGCUUUUAAGCUGUGUUAAAUUUGUGGCAGGAGGGUCAGGCAUUUCAUACUUGGCUUCCAAAAGAGAAAAAAAAAAAGAAACGAAAGAGACAGAGAAAAAAAGCCCUGAUGUGUGCAGGGAAGAAAUCUCCCAGGAAUUUAUUCAAGGUUGUAGUCAGACGCAGUAAGGUCUAAAGUGACAAGGAAAGCAAGGCAAAGAUAAAACUUGGUAUUGUGAUAAGAUGUCUGAGUGUAAAGUGGGAGAUUGCAGAAACCUUUUGGGAUUGCACAUGUUCAUCUUGUCCUGGAUAUGACUGAAUACAAGCUAGUUUUUCUUUAGUGACGGCUCAAAAAACCCCUCAAGAUUAUGUUUCCCUUCCUUGUUGCUUUUUUGCCGGUGGUUUUUAAAAUUGGUUUUGUCAACCUCUCAGCUCUGCAGCACUGGAACUGUCCUAAUGGAUACAGAUUAAAGCCUGAAAACUCUGCUUGUAUAGAUAUUGAUGAGUGCCUUGAAGGUGGUUUGGGAACCUGUGGCCAAACCUGUAUCAAUAUUCCAGGAUCCUACGUCUGCUCUUGUUUGCCUGGCUACUCUUUGGAUAUUGACAAACGGUCUUGCUAUGUGAAUGACCCUGCACCAUUCCUGCUUUUUAGCCAUGGAAAUGCCAUCUUUAGAAUUGACACUGAAGGGACCAAUCACGAAAGAUUGGUUGCUGAUACUGGUCCAUCAACACUUAUGGAUUUUCAUUAUGUAGAAGAGAAAGUGUAUUGGGUAGACUCUGAAAGGAGACUACUUCAAAGAAUUCACCUGAAUGGCACAAAACAAGAGAGACUAUGCUACAUAGACAAAGGCAUUUCAGGAUUUGCUAUUGACUGGAUAAAUCAAGAUAUUCUCUGGGCCAAUAGACAGAAAGGAACCAUAGAAUUGACAGACAUGAAUGGGAAGAAACGUCGAGUUCUUCUAAGAGAUGUUGGUCAUCCCACAAGGAUUAUCAUUGAUGCUGAACAAAGACAUCAAUUGCUUGGUAUGUCGCUCUUCGCUGAGCACCUGUACUACUCAGAGUUGAAAUCUGGCAUGAUAUGGAGAGCCAACAAAUAUACUGGAAAAGUUGUAGUCACAAUUAGCCUGAAGCCAUCAUUUUUUCCACCAGUGGAGAUAAAAAUAGUACAUCCUUUUAAACAGCCAGGUGCAAGAACUGAUUCUCAGGAUUUGGAAAAAGGAACCUGUGAUUUGAGUAAAGAAAAAUGCAGAAGAAGAAUCUGCAGGCCAGACUCAAGGACUCAUCGGUGUAAAUGUCCUACUGGCUUCAUUUUAAGUAGAAAUAAACAGUUUUGUGAAGAUAUUAAUGAAUGUGGCUUUUGGAAUCACGGCUGUACUUUGGGCUGCGUGAACAUCCCUGGUUCCUAUUACUGCACCUGCCCGAGAGGUUUUGUUCUGCUGCCUGAUAGGAAAACCUGUCAUGAGCUAAUUUCCUGUACAAGUAACGACACUGAAUGUAGCCAUGGUUGCCUUCAAACAUCUAAAGGCCCUGUUUGCUUUUGUCCGGAAGGAUCUAUACUCAAAGUGGAUGGCAAAACAUGCACAGGUUGUACAUCUCCAGAUAAUGGUGGCUGCAGUCAGAUAUGCUCUUCUUUAAGCCCAUCCUCCUGGGAGUGUGCUUGUUUUCCUGGAUAUAAGCUUCAGCGAGACAGAAAGCACUGCACAGCUAUAGGUCCUAAGCCAUUUUUGUUAUUUGCAAAUGGCCAAGAUAUCCGCCAGAUCAGUUUUGAUGGAACAGAUUAUACAAGUUUACUUGACUGGCAGAUGGGAAUAGUCUUAGCACUAGACUCUGACCCAGUGGAAAAUAAGAUUUACUUUGCUCACACUGCCUUGAAAUGGAUAGAACGAGCUAAUCCGGACGGCUCAAAUCGUGAAAAAGUUGUUCAUGAAGCUAUAGAUACACCCGAAGGCCUCGCUGUGGACUGGAUUAACCGUAAAUUGUAUUGGACAGACAGAGGGAAGGCGUGCAUCGAAAGGAGCAAUCUGAAUGGAAUGCAAAGAAAAAUGAUCAUCUGGGAGGAUAUCUCCCAGCCCCGAGGGAUUGCCAUUCACCCAUUUGCUAAGAGAUUAUUCUGGACUGACAUGGGGGUCAAUCCCAGGAUUGACAGCUCUUCAUUAGAAGGCAUCGAUCGUCGGGUUAUAGCCAGCACUGGUCUGGUGUGGCCCAGUGGAAUAGCUCUUGACUACUUAGCAGACAAAGUGUACUGGUGUGAUGCUAAGCAGUCAGUGGUUGAGAGCGCAAAUCUGGAUGGUUCUGGUCGUCAAAUUCUUGCACAGAAUGAUGUAGGCCACCCUUUUGCUGUAGCGGUGUUUGAGGACCACCUUUGGUUUUCUGACUGGGCUAGGCCAUCACUAAUGAGGGUGGAUAAGAAGACCGGCCAAAACAGGGUACGUCUUCGAGGCAGCAUGCUGAGACCCUCAUCAAUGGUUGUAGUGCAUCCUUUGGCGAAACCAGGGGCAAAUCCUUGCCUUUAUCAGAAUGGAGGCUGUGAUCAGAUCUGUGAAAACAAUUUUGGAAUUGUACAUUGCAAGUGUCAUCCAGGAUUUGGGAAAACUCAAGAUGGAAAAACCUGUCAUGCUCUGGAUUCUUCCAACUCAACAGAAGGAAGUGUCUCUGUGCAGAAGGAGGUAGUGCCAAUGCCACCACCAGAGAUCGUACUCCAGAGCACACAGAGCAAUGGGAUUUUUAAGGAUAUGGACAGUGGGCAAAAGCAGAAAAUAAUUUUUUUGAUGGCUGAAAUCAUGGUAUCAGAUCAAGAUGACUGCACUGCACUCGAAUGUUACGUCAAUGCAGAGUGUGUUUUGCUGGAAGAUGGUGCUGUGUGCCAGUGUUUGAAAGGAUUUACCAGGAAGGGGAACUCAUGCUAUGAUGUUGAUGAGUGUGCUGUAAAUAUGGACCACUGUGAUCGAAAUGUGUCGGGCUGCAUCAAUACGGAAGGGAGCUAUGUCUGUAAAUGCCUGGAGGGCUACACUGGGGAUGGAGUCCAUUGCUAUGAUAUUGAUGAGUGCAACACGGGGUCCCACACCUGUGGAGAGAACAUGACCUGCACAAAUACAGAAGGAAACUUCACUUGCUCGUGUGCUGAUCAUGCUUCUGGAACUGGCAUCAGUUGCAAAACUACUGUUCCCCCAACUGUUGUCAGCAAUGAAUACUCUACACACGCUGUGCAAGGUGAUAUUGUAGGAUGCCCUCCUUCGUACGAGUCAUAUUGCCUUCAUGGUGGAGUGUGCAAUUAUGUUUCUGAUCUACAAGACUAUGCCUGCAACUGUGUGACGGGCUACGUUGGGGAGCGGUGCCAGUUCAGUGACCUGGAGUGGUGGGAGCAGCAGCAUGCCGAGCGGGUGAAGAUGCGGAAUAUCACCAUCACAGUGUGUGUAGCUGUGCUGGUCCUUCUACUGCUGCUGGGGUUCCUGGCUGCCUACUGCCACAGAAGUCAAAAUUUGUAUAAGAAGAAUCUCUAUGCAGAAGCGAUAAGAGACGCCAGCAGCCGUGCUGACAAUGAGAACGUGACACCUACUAGCAACAAGUCUCUGUUUGCGGUUGUUAAGGAGUGUAACAGUUCUCUGGAGACUAAAGUGGUUGAUCUAAUUGAGUGUGAGACAGCAGAUCCUCAUCCUGCCUGUCCUUCAGAAUCUGCGGAAGAACAGCCUAUAACAUACGACAAAGCAGCAGAGACUUUGACUGAAGAGAAGAGAGAACAAGGACAUCAGAAAGAGGUUCCUGUUGGUGAGAAAUCAUGCCAGCCCCUGGGAGUGGCGAAGAGCCCUCCCCAGGUGUCCUGGAGCAUCCAUCCCAAGCCCCUGCUGGAAAGGGAGCCCUGCACUCUUGCCCCAGCCAGCCUGCUGAUGCAACCAGACUAGAAGCAGCCUGGGUUUGAGUGGGAAAAGAAGGAAGUCAGCAGAGAAUGGGAACUGACAAAACACUGAAACAAUACUCAUUUUUUCACUAAAAUUUGCUUUUGAAAAAAAACCACAAAUCAAAACCAACUAGAGAAGUCCUCCCCUGCCACUCCUUCCCUGUCAUCUCUGCUUGGAAGAGUUACUAUGAGCAACGUGUUGGCAAUGAGUACUCUAUAAAUAUCACUGCUGCUAACUUCAUUAACUGCCUGCUACAAGGACACUGAGGGGAAAAUAGACAAGUGGGUGAUUUAUGAGUGAUAAAUAUUUUCUUAAUGGAGCUUGUUGUAAGUAGUGGUCUUCACACAAACACAGAGUCUAGAAACUGCCUAGAAAAUGGGUCACAAGGACAGCUGCAGAGAAACAGGAAUGGAAGAUGAUGCAGAAAAAUUAGUUCAAAAUGAAUGUUUUUAUUAAAAUACUGUUCAUGGACACUAUAUUCCUCUCCCCAGUGCUGCUGACAGGCCAAUGUAACUUCUUGGACUUCACUUGAGAUGUUCUUGUAUCUGCUUCCGUGAGCAAGCACCAAAUGGGAUCUUGCAUUUCUCAGGUUUGGUGUGCUGUAGGAUGAUUUGUGGGCAUAUGUUAUUAAUGGUGGGCGACAUUUGAGGGAAAAGGUGAUUCUUCCAUUUUAUUUCCCAGUAUACGCUGGUCCCUCAGAGCGUAACAGGAUUGUCUCUGGACCGAGGAGGUGGGUCUGUGUCUGCUUUCAGCCCUGUGAAGAGGAAUGUGCUGGAGCUGUCCUGGCCUCACAGAAGUGUGUCUGGCACCAAAACCUGGUUCAUUAUGUAGGACAGUGCGAGGACAGAAGUGCAGCCACUUUCUGUUCCAAAACAACAGGAGGAGUGGGUCAAAAAACCAAAAAAGCCACCUCAGUUUGGACUGACUUCCACACAGCUGAUUUUUGCUGCCUGUUAAAUUCAAGGGAACAAUUGGAAAACUAAACCAAUUUUUCUUGUAACUGUCUUUCUAACAGCUACUGUUCCCUUCCAGUUAUUUACUAAGAACUAACUCUCUUAUAAAGCUCUGUUGUAUACAGAGUUGUAGCUUAACUGUUUAACAUAAGAUUAGCUCAGCUGGUCAGAGCAUGGUGCUAAGAAUGCCAAGGUUGUGGUUUUGAUCCCUGUACGGGCCAUUCACAUAAGAGUUGGACUCUAUGAUCAUUGUGGGUCCUUUCCAACUCAGAAUAUUCCGUGAUGUUAAGUGAUUUUCAGCACUUGUCUUGAAUUCCUGUGCCAUUUUCAGAACAUUUUGGAAGACAUCUGGAAAUCAGCUAAAUUACUAAUAAUGUUUUUAUUAUUUGUAUGGUACCUCUCAGUCCUCUGUCUUUAAAGCCUACUACUGUAACUAUUGGACACCUCCUUUAAACUCUGCUACAGUGCCUACCAGUAGUGUUCCUUGUAAUUCAUUAGCUGGUUAAUAGUGGCAAAUGUUAUUAAUUUUUGUGUUUGCUAUCCUGCUUUUCUGGGGUUUUUUGAAUCCUGCCGGAAAGGUUUGGGAUGUUGUAAUUUUUCUACCAGCUCUGUAGGCCAACAUGGGAAAGAGUAUUGAAAGGCUCUUACCUCUUAUCUAAAACAGUUACACACUUGAGUAACUUUGUGAAGUUGAUUCUGAUUUAUGUUGGUGUAAACAGUAAGAACAUUGAGUCCAAGGUGUCAGAAUUACAAAAAUUAUAAUGCUCUGUUGUGUAGAUGGUUGUCAUUUGUCUUCUAAAGUGAUUUUUGCAGGUGGUUUUUAAUUGUUGAGUCUGUUUUCUAAUCACAUUCGUUCUGAAUUCAGAAUAAACUUGUAAAAUAGGCAUUUCCAGAGGUUAGUUGGAACUAACAGCUAUGAAGACUUGUUCUCCUGUGUGAAUGGCAACAAGGGUAUUUCCACGGAAAGAGAAAUGGUU